AUGGGGAUAAGGUACUUGCCGGUUUCGGUAGCAUCAACAGCUCUGAGCUUUGUGGGUCUUCAAGUCUGGACAGAGUUGUCUCUGGAUAGACUGAGAGCAGAUGGGUUGAUAGCCAAGAACAUUUCUUUAGGAGACUCCGAGCAUGCGCUUGAGCUGCUUCUGGGUUCUUACUUUACGAUUGCGCUGCUUGCAAAUUUUGUGCUCAACGUGUACAUUCUUCUGCUACUUUCUCUCAAGACUCUAUUUUUUGGAGAUUUAUAUGGCGUUGAAACUAAAAAGUUGGUGGAGCGACUUGCCAAUUACAUCAUUUACAAGGGUACGUUUCUACCAUUGGUGGUUCCCCCAACAAUAUUUCAGGGUGUACUAUGGACAGUUUGGUUGACUGUUUUAUGCACUUUAAAGAUGUUUCAAGCUUUGGCUAGAGACCGCCUUGAACGAUUGAAUGCAUCUCCUUCUUCUACUCCUUGGACAUACUUUCGCGUGUAUUCAGUGCUGUUCUUGGUUCUCUCUGUUGAUAUGUUUUGGAUAAAGCUUUCCCUUAUGACAUACAAUACAAUUGGUUCGUCUGUGUAUCUGUUGUUACUUUUUGAGCCAUGCAGUAUUGCUUUUGAGACCUUGCAGGCACUGUUAAUUCACGGGUUUCAGCUGCUUGAUAUGUGGAUCAACCACUUAGCGGUCAAGAACUCGGACUGCCAAAGAUCUAAGUUUCUCGAUUCCAUGACAGCAGGCUCACUGUUGGAAUGGAAGGGUCUCCUCAACCGCAACCUUGGUUUCUUCCUGGACAUGGCUACUUUAGUAAUGGCACUAGGUCACUAUUUGCACAUCUGGUGGCUGCAUGGCAUUGCCUUUCAUUUGGUGGAUGCAGUUUUGUUUCUCAACAUACGUGCAUUGCUAAGUGCAAUUUUGAAACGAAUAAAAGGAUACAUUAAACUGAGAAUAGCUCUGGGCGCUCUCCAUGCAGCCCUUCCCGAUGCAACGUCUGAGGAGUUACGGGCAUAUGAUGAUGAAUGUGCUAUAUGUCGGGAACCUAUGGCUAAGGCUAAAAGGCUUAACUGCAACCACCUUUUCCAUCUAGGAUGCCUGCGAUCCUGGUUGGAUCAAGGGCUAAACGAGGUUUAUUCAUGUCCUACAUGUCGCAAGCCUCUUUUUGUUGGAAGAACUGAAAGCGAGGUGAACCCUCGCUCGGUGGAAGUCUCGAGUGAUGAGCAGUUAGCCCGUCAGCUUGAAAGACAAAACAUUCCUGGACAUGCACUAGCCACUGGAUUGUUUCCUGCCGAGAUUCCAAAUUCUGUUGAAAGUGAUCCUUCGAGCAAUUUAGGAUUGGAUCCAAGCUGGCUAAAUACAUGGUCAGGUCAGGGUGUUGAUGUCCCUGGUCCCUCUACCGCUUCUAGGACCGUUGGGCUGGGGCGGGUACAGAUGAUGAUGAGGCAUCUUGCAUCUGUUGGGGAAAGUUAUGCUCAGAAUGCACUUGACGAUGCUGCUUGGAGUCUAUGGCCAAUGAACCCUUCUCAAGCGUCCACUUCCUCUACAACCGUACCUCCAGGUACUGGUGGUAGGACAGGUGGUCUGCAUCUCAGAACUGUAUCAAGUGCGACAAAUGAAAGCUUGGCAAAUAUACUAGCUAUGGCCGAGACAGUGAGGGAAGUCAUGCCACAUGUCCCCGAUGAGAUUAUUUUCCAGGACCUGCAGAGAACAAACUCUGUUGCUGUUACAGUGAACAAUCUUCUCCAGAUGUGA